AUGGAGACGCCGCCGCCUCCAGAGCUACCAGACUCCCAAAGCACCGAAGACGUCGACAACCUCUCGCUUUACCAGCGAGCCCGCCGCUACCCUCGAUCUCGCAUCAUCGUCGAGCCGCUGCUCUGGACCAAGCUGCAACUCGACCUGCUCCAAUGCACCUUUACCGGCCCUUGUCCUGCGCCGCCCGUCGUCAUAGAGCUUGAUAAUCCUUACAACGAGAGGAUGUAUAAAGCCUUUGCCGCGGCCUUCAGGGAUCGCCGGCUUCGAGAUCGGCCGGAUGCUGUGCGCUAUCUACUCGGCGCAUAUAAUAGCCCGUUAAUGUCCAUGUAA